AUGAUAGAAAUCUAUUGGUAUCCUUUCUACUACAUUUUUUAUAUACCUAUAUUCAUAUAAUAAGCUAAAAUUCAAAGAUAUCUUAAAAUCUUCCACAAAAAAUAAACACAUAAACCGUAUAACCCGUAAUACCAUUUUACCAUUGGUAUUUCUACCAAAAGUAAUUGUAAUAUCAUGGGCAUUAUACAAACAAAGAAAAAAGUUCAUCUAAAUUCUGACUUAGAAGAAAAACCUUCAAGCCCAGACUUUUUAAAAGCAAGAAAAGCCCACUAUAAAAAUGAAUAUGUGCUAGCAAAGAAGGCGUUAAAAAAAUCACAUCAUUGUGAAAGCGAUCCAGACUUGGAUGAGUAUCAGAGACUUCCCCAGCGAAAAGCAAGCUUUGUAGAGCCAACUGACGCUCAUGAUGAAGAAUCGAAAUCGGUAUUUUUCGAAAAAUUCACAAAAAAGACGCAGGUCGAAGAAUUUACAUAUGCAAAAAAGGAGCUCAUUCGACUUGAUCCAAAGCUUUUGGUUUCUCCCCUAUGUAAAGAUAAUGGAGGAGAAAGGAAAAGGCUAUCAUUGGAUAAUUUAUUGUAUGAAUCGAGUGAUAUAAAGAGAAGAUACUCUGAGAACAUAAUAGAAUAA